UCUACGGCACCAAAAUCGACAACAUACUCCAGAAGCAAUACGCCAAAAACGACAACGCCAUAUACCAGUAGAAAAACACAAAUACAUCGACGCCAUGAAUGACUACACCAAAAGCGACGACUCAAACGACGAG